AUGUCAACUCGAGACGUCACAGAAGAGCUCUCCGGUCUGCAACUAUCCUCGCCGGACUCUACCAUAGCCUGGCAUCGGUUGGAAACUCAGGUCCAGAAUGUCAAGCUCACAGGGAGACUCAUCAUUGUCGGCGAUGUGCAUGGCCAUCUUCCUGAGCUGAAGAACCUGUUGCAAAAGGUCUCUUACGACAAGAAGAAUGGCGACCAGCUCAUUUUCGUCGGCGAUUUGAUCAACAAAGGCCCCGAUAGCCCUGGCGUCGUUCAGCUAGCGAUGGAUUAUGAUGCUCUCGCGAUACGAGGGAAUAACGAAGACCGCGUACUCGCUGCCUACAGCGCAAUAAAGCGAGGUCAGGACUCGAAGCUCGUUGAAAAAUGGAAGCAAUUAGCUCUGGAGGCGGAAGAGGGCCAGAAAGUUGAGAAGAGCGAUGCUGAGCCAUCGAGUACUACUGCGCCUAAAGAUGAGCUCAGAUCGGUAUCCCGAGAAGACCUGAAACCUUACAUGGCUGCAAGCGACUUUACAACUGCAGCUAACCUUUCUGAAGAGCAAAUUACAUGGUUGGUUUCUCGGCCGCUGAUCCUACGCAUAAAGCUGCCAAGGGAAGCUGCAAAGUCGCCGUGGAAUGCUGGCACUCUCAUCGUUGCGCACGGCGGCUUGGUCCCUCAUGUUUCUCUCGACGAACAAGAUCCUUGGGCAGUUAUGAACAUGCGCAGUCUUGUCUACCCUGAUGCUGAAGGCAGUGUCUCGGGAGCUGUUAAAGCUGAUAUGAUCAAGGGAGCCAAGAGCCGCGUGCGGCGAUAUGCAGCUUUCCAGGAGGCUUCAGACGAAGAGGUUCAAGCUGAGCUGGCCAAGUAUGCUGACAUUGUCAAGAAUGGAGAAUGCUUCAGCGGAGAACAGAAGGACGGAGUGAUUGGAUUACCUUUGGAAUGUCGUGAUGCCGAUUGGUGGAUUGAUGCUUGGAACCGGUGGCAGAACUCUAUUGAGGACCAUGAGCAGCGAAGUAUUGUUGUUUAUGGCCAUGAUGCGAGAGUUGGAUUGCAGGUCGGCUCUGGAGAUCCCCAAGUUGCGAGGUAUACCUUUGGUCUUGAUUCUGGCUGUGUAUACGGAAGAAACUUGACAGCCAUGGUUGUCGACAAGAGUACAGAUGGUGGCUUGUCACAUGAGAUAAUCCAAGUUGAUGCGGUCAAGAAAGCUGAGGACAAGGUAGAGGGUUCAGUUUGA